CAUACCAGUCUUCUGAAUGGCCAAAUAUCGGCAUAACCCUACCCCUUAUUUUGUUACCGGAAGCGGUUUAUCUGAAGCUUUUCAUUUCAAGAUGGCUGCUGUAGUAGAGGUACAUUUUGGGGCAGGAGAGCACGGGGAGCACGAUGGCGAGCAGGUUGAUCUGUCCAAUUUAUCUCCAGAGGAAAAGUGGAGGUUGGAGCAUGCACGGAUGCAUGCCAAGCACAGAGGUCAUGAGGCUAUGCAUGCUGAAAUGGUGCUAAUCCUUAUUGCCACCCUGGUGAUUGCCCAGCUGUUCCUGGUUCAGUGGAAACAAAGACAUUCACGAUCAUACAAUAUGGUCACCUUAUUUCAGAUGUGGGUGGUCCCACUUUACUUUACAGUGAAACUGCAGUGGUGGAAAUUCUUGGUGGUAUGGUUUCUCUUCUCGGCCAUAACUGCCUUCGUCACCUUUAAGGCAAAAAAGAAGCCAGUUAUGCGCACUACUCCCAGACUCGUCUAUAAAUGGUUCUUGCUCAUCUACAAGUUAAGCUAUGCUACAGGAAUUCUGGGAUACAUGGCCAUAAUGUUCACAUUGUUUGGAAUCAACUUUUUAUUCAGGAUAAAACCAGAAGAUGGAAUGGACUUUGGUGUAACACUCCUAUUUUAUGGCCUUUAUUAUGGAGUUCUAGGCCGUGAUUUUGCAGAAAUGUGUGCUGAUUAUAUGGCAUCCACUAUUGGGUAUUACAGUGCUACAGGUAUGCCUACAAAACACCUUUCAGAUGAUAUCUGUGCUGUGUGUGGGCAGCAGAUUUUUGUGGAUGUCAAUGAAGAAGGAAUCUUAGAAAACACUUACAGGUUAUCCUGCAAUCAUGUUUUUCAUGAGUUUUGCAUUCGGGGCUGGUGCAUAGUAGGAAAGAAACAGACAUGUCCGUACUGCAAAGAGAAGGUGGAUCUGAAGAGAAUGUUCAGCAACCCCUGGGAAAGACCACAUGUCAUGUAUGGGCAGUUGUUGGACUGGCUACGUUACUUAGUAGCAUGGCAGCCUGUAAUCAUUGGAUUGGUGCAAGGAAUCAACUAUAUUCUUGGACUGGAGUAAUUUGCUGUGCUUUGGAUGAAAGCCUAAUGAGAAACAAAGAUGAAACAAAAGACUGUUGCUUAACAGAGUCAGCCAAGAAAAUUUUAAACUGUGAUGUCUAAGCUUGCUGGAAUUGUCCUCAAACCACGUAGGGAAACUUGUGGCUUUUAGCUAGCCAGCAAGCUGGGCUAGUUCAGAUUUUAUUUUUAUUUUAGUUGCCAUACUACAGAACUCGAGUACAUAUCAAACCUUCCUGUUUGAGGAGGAGGAUUGUUCUUCGGUGUCUUUAACCAUUAAGGAGGGUUAAAUAAUCUCUGUUCAAAGUGAAUGACAUGGGAAAUUUUUUAUUCCCAUAUAUUUUUCAUUAAUGUACAGCUGGUCAUAUUAUAACCAAAACUUAGAAUUCUGAAUUUUAUAUUUAUUUAUGAACAGUAUUUGUUUCACUUCCUUAAAAUGAUGCAUAACUGGCAGACAUCAAUUGUUUGGUACAUUAAAUUGCCAUAUAUUAAAGAGAAGCAUUUAGUGCAGCAUUCUACCUGUGUAAGUAAGUUGACAAAAUUAAGACAUUUAUGGGACAAGUCAGCUAAGUAGUUAUGUUUGAUUGUGCAUGCUAAUAAUGUUUGUCCAUACUUGAGGACCUUGGCUUCCAGUGUAAAUGCACACACUGAAUUACCUGCUUGUGUAAUACGUCUCGUAUAGAUAACGGUACUGAUGGCCCGGCAGAGGUGCAAGUGAAGGUGGCAUUAACACUUGCUUCUCUAGUCCUUUGUAGUAAGACAUACUGGAUAUGGUGCGGUUGGGGAAGGCAGAGGUCACAGUGAACUGGUUUUAGACUACACUUUAAAAACAAGUGUUGCUCCAGGAUGUUUUGUGAGCUUAGCCUAAGUAGCUCACGUUUGUCAGCCCCUUGGGGGGGGGGGGGGGGUGUAAUAACUCAGCAGGGAAACUGCAGUUGCCAGAUACUUCACAGUACAGAGAAGUCUGUUCAACUUGGAUGUUUGAGAGCUUGCAUGUAGCACAGAAUUAAUUGUGAGCAAUUUAGGAGCAUGGUACAGCUCCAGAAGUUGUCAUGUCUUCUUAGCAAUGAGUUAAAAUACUUUGUCACAUUUCAUUCUGACACUUAUUUCUGUCACUGUAGUUUCCCACCACUUAAGCUUAUGGACUGUCAGCUACUGUUCUGAGACAGCACUGGCUGUAACUCUUACUUAACCAGCGAAUAAUGUCUUCAUUGUGUUGUAUUGUUUGUACUUGUGCAUUUUCUUUUCUGGAAGUUGGUUUGUUCUCAGACAUGGUAUUGACGUUGUUUCACUGGUUGCCAUAAUCAUAAGUUGAACAUAACUAUGUCAUUGUAGAAGCUGUAGAUUAGUGUGUGGUUCAGUAUAAAUGAAAUGUUGCUUUCAAGCCAGGACAGGUCACAUUAUAUGGUAAUGCAAAUGUGAAGGAAGAACACAGGAGAGGGACUCUGUAUGUAUUCAUGAACAAGGCUCUUGCUAUUAAUGGACAGCCUGAAUAAUUUAACUAAAGAGAUGUACUAAGUAUAUUCUGUGCAUAGAUUUCCAAAGUCAAGCAAAAGAAAGUUGGUAUUCUUAAUGUAAAUUCCUCAUUAAAAUCAGUUUUGUAAUUUUCUGUUAAGUUUUGGGCACAGUACACAGCUGCUGAAAUAUGAGACGUUAAAGGUAUGUAGGCAAAGUGAUUAUGACAAUACUUAUUUUAUAAUGGGUUCUGACAGAGGAGGAUUUUGUUAUAAGUAUGACUUCACACUUGAUUGUAUAGAAAUUAUAAUUCUGAACUGUAAAAUGUAGGCAGAGCAGUCUGUUGUAAAUUAAAUUAAUAACCAUUUUGACAAAA